UAGUGUUGUGCAUCAUGAUAGUCGCGUGAUACAUGGUGCAGUGGAAAUUUGGACGAAAUUAUGAGAAAUCAAGACGAUUUUUCGAUUAUGAAACUAUAAUUAUGGUAAUGUAGUCAGGAAUUUUAAUAGUUAAGUUAUUAUUCGUUCUAAUUAGGUUGUUUUCUUGGUGGUAUACUCCUGUGGAAAAAUGAUUUCGACAUUGAAACAUGAGGACUGCAGUGAUGCUUCAGGGGGUCUGGUAUUCCCUGGGGCUUGUCAAUGUGAAGAAGCUAGUCAAUUGGAGAAGGCCACGUACUUCAAUCACUGAUUCCUGCCUUUACUGCAGAAGCCUCUCGUCCACAGAAGAUCAUUCUAGUCUUCCUGUCACUCCAAGUGGUUGCAUCAGCCCGUUCACACCAAAAGCUCGUCCUAGUGUUCUUCAUUUAUAAUCAGUAUUGUGUCGUUCGAUAGUUUUGUGUUUUUUUUUUGAUUCCUUAGCGAUUCCAAUUAUUGGUAGCGCGUGUUUCAUCUGAGUAGAUAAGAAUUUAAUUUCCAUUGUUCAUUUUUUCCUGUGAUCAAAUCGAGGGAAAGAAUGGCGAAGACUUCAAUCUCAGCACUUCAAGAGUUCAUCCAAAAGUCUCAUGGAAGUAUUCCACGUUACACCGAUAUACCUUUCGAUUAUGGAGAAACUCCUCAUUUUAUUAUCAGAUGCGAGUGCAUGGGUCUGUCAGCCGACGGAGCGGCUUCAAACAAAAAGACAGCUAAGCAAUGCGCAGCUGGAAACAUGAUUAAGCUCCUCAACGAAAAAUACAACUACACUAUCAUCCAUGAGGAAUUAAAAUUUUUAGCUCCAUCUUCACCAGCUGUCCAGAAGAUCAUUACUCCAACUGAAGUGGCCUGCGCGUCGCCUGGAUCUGUCAUUAAUCACAUUGGAAAAUUAAACGAACUGUGUGCAAUUCGUAAAAUGCAGCAGCCGGUGUACUUGGAGAAAUCCAGCACUGGCCCAAGCCACAGGCCUUUAUUCACCGUAGAAUGUUUAAUUGGGAAUUUGAGUGUCAGCGCAACGGCUCUCACAAAAAAGCAAGCGAAGCAGGAAGCCGCAGGUGCGAUGAGAGAACUACUCAAGAGCAAAGGCAUAAUUCCCAACGAAUUUGCAUCCACCGCCAUUGAAUCUGGUGAGGAAUCACCCGCUGUGGAUGACCUAGUCCUCAACAUCGAGAGUCUGAAGAUCUCGGAGGAUCCAAAAGUCGCAACUGCCACCGCGAGAGCGAGGGAACUGUACCCAACCCUGAACAAACGUCUCCCGCGGUCCACCGAUACUCCCAAGAACAUGCUCAUGGCGAAUUACAGCGAAGCAUUCAGAGCAUACUUCGAUCCGAACGCGAUCGAGAAGUUCCACGAGUACUACAAGUGCUUGGAAAUUACUGAGAAACUCUCUAGAGCCUCUCUGGUUUUUAUCUUGGAACGCAUCUCUGAUAUCCUGAAGAUCACCUGGGAAAGAUACCCUAUGAAGACUAAAAAUAUAAAUUCUUACCUCGUGCUUUACCACAUUAAAUCCAAGCCUUCGUUCACUGAGGCAGGAAUCGGGGAUAAUUCUGAAGCGGCUGAUAUCGAUGCUCUGCAUCGUCUCAUCGGUGCUAUCUAUAUUUUGCUCGUUUAAGAGAUGGAGUGACGGUCAUCCACAUGUGAGUCUGUCAUCAGUGCAGAAUAAUUCUUCAUUUGUGAUGGAGACAUAUGUGGGUGACCUUCACUUCAUUAUCUGCUCUUAGAAAAAACAUUAUUUCUACCGAGUAAAUAGAGGUAAUUUAGGAAAUCUCUGCACGAAUGUAGAAAUAAUGUUUUUUCUCGGAGAUUCAGGGAGGAGCAAUGUUGAAUUUUUUUUUACCUAUUUGCUGUUUAUUUUUUGAAUGAAUUAGGAGAUCAUUGAACUUGGAGAUUAUUUUUCUUCCAUAAAAUACUAUAUUAGAUGUAUGUACGAUACUCAAUGUCUUCUAUGUAGAUAAAUGUUAUUGAUGCCUUCCAAUCUA